AUGGCAGUGCUGAGCAGAAGGCCGCUUGUCCAUUUGGAGAAGGCGAGGACUGUUUGGGCGCGCCGGAAUGGCGUUGGGAAGAGGAGGUUUACGCAGCUGGGUGGGGGAAGCAACCAACAUGGAGGAAGCGACUACCCUGUUAGUAGCAUUAAACAUGGAGGUGGCAACUACCCCGUUAGUAGCUCUAAACAACGGGAGCACACAAAAAUGAACGACUUCCAUUACUUUAACAUUUUCCUCCUCAAAGGCAGCGACUUCGUUAAGCUAACAUCGACAUACAAUUUUUGCGAAAACAAAAAUAUGUACGCGUGCAUAUUGCUCCACCUGAGCAGUGUCUAUGAAUCAAUCCCAGUGAGGGACGUCGUGAAAGUGUUAAAAAAUAUACUUGAGCAGAAUAAGGCAUCCUUUUCGCACCACUUGGUGAAGGGAAAAAGAAUCACCGACUUAUAUAAACAUGUAUGUCACCAUUUGGAAAAAUUGAAUACAGCAGAAGUGAUUGACUUGCUGAAAUGUGCCUGCUACACGACACAGGAGUUUCCUGUGGAAAGUAUGCGACUGUUGUGUAGAGUGAUCCUUGCGAAGCCCAUGAGCUCCUUCCACCCAAGGCAGAUACACGAGAUCUGCUCCUGUUUAAUAAAAAUGAAGAAUGAAUUUUCUAUGAGAAAGCUGACUUAUGAUGAUGCACUCCAUGUGAAGAUGCUCGAGCAUGUGAAGGGAAGAAUCGUGGCCUGCGAUGCCCAGGCCUUCUUUGAAUACCUACCCCUGUAUAUUAGCCUCUCCAAGGGAAUCCAUCCAGGUGUUGCUACUACCCCUUCAAAUGUUACGCCUGAUUGUAGCUCCGUGGCCUCCCCCCAGGAACGUAACCUGAGGAAGACAUGCGAACUGAUCUUCCUCAAUCACCUGAACGAGCUCAACCGGGAGUCCCUCCUCUCAGCAGUUAGCAUAUUCAAGUGGCUGGAUCUGAGAAAUCACUCCAUUUUUUUUCACAUGUGCGAUGCGUUCGUGCAGCAUGCCUUCACCUUGGACACCAAGUACGUGGUGCGUUUUUGGAGGAAGUGCCACAGUUUGAGAUUUGAAAAGGGGGCACAGAAGCGUGACGUGGAUGGGGGGAAGCAAACGGUAUCCUCGGAAGGAACCAUUAGUAGCAUGAAGGGAGGAAUUACCACCCCCGGUGAGAACCACCAUUUGGAUUACCGGAUUACACUUAAAACGGGUGAAGUUCUAUCAGAGGAGAGACCCCACUUGGUAGCGGAAUCACCCCCCAAAGGGGAAGAAGAAGAAGGUAGCAAUGUUCUGUUGAGCUUUAUUAACAGGAAAGUCUAUCACAUGACACCUCAUCAAUUAUCUCUAAUUACCUACGGCCUGUACAGUUUCGUGGAAAACAUGAAGCAGUACUCGCAGCUCAGCAGUUUGAGGAAUAACAUGAAUCUCCUAUUUUCGAUGGCUGUGCAGUACGUGUUAAAUUACCUCGACAGGGGGGCUCUACACCAGGAUGUGGUUCCCCCAAGUGGGUCCAUCCUAAAAGGUACUACUUAUCAACCACUCACAUCCGAAGGAGACCACCCCAGCAGUAUUAACAUGAAUACGGACUAUGUCUACAUAUCUGAGUCGGGCGUACAUGUGAGUAGGGUUGACCGAAGCGGGGUCCAUCUCCCGUCAGAUAACUGCGCUGGAGAUGGUCUGCUCCCAAAUGACUGCCCCCCAAGUGGCCCCUCCUCCCGCCGAGCCAACCUCACACACGCGUGCGAUAUCCUGCUGAAUAUUAGCUACCUCAACACGAGUCAGAACCACCGAAAAAUCAAGGACGCCUAUGAUUGUGUGAAAAAAAUCAUCACGCAGGAGGACCCUCCCGUUGAAUUGGACCACCUCUUAUCGCUCCUACUGUGCCUGUCCAACUUUUACCAUCGAACAAGAGACAACUAUGUGUUCCAUUCGUACAAGCAGAUCUUGCACUUGCUGGAGAUUAAAAAGCCCCAAUUCAAUGCACAUCAUUUUAAUAGACUCUCCAUAGCUAUUACUCCGUUGCUACAGGAAAAGAACAACCUAAUUGGCAGCUAUGCUAAUCUGGUUUGCUUCUUUAUAGAAAAUGAGGUGGUUCCCUUGAGGUCAUGUGUAUUUACCCUGCAGCUUGUAAUGAAGAAGAUCUGUAUCAAGUUAAGCGACCCUCUGGUGAAGCUUCUUUUGGUCAUUAUUCGCCGCAUGGAGAAAUUCCUGAGCGAUGUACGUGCGCACAUUACGCGCAGCAGCGCUGACAACGAAGGGAAUCAAAACAACCUUGACUACGUGGACAGUAGUGCUAAUCGCGACGCGCUCAGGAGAUUCCUCCUGCUACACUCCAUCAACGAAAGCACUCUCACCUGCGUCCUUGUUAGCCUGUCGCUUAUUUUGCAAAAUGCCAAAUACGGCACGGGGUCACGGGAUGAAGCCGCGACGCUUCUCUGCAAAGUGGUCUCCUACGUGUCCACUUCUUCUCUGGAGAAAAUCCCGAAGAAGUACAUUCACGCCGUGCUGUUGGACGCACUCCCCCCUGAUGAUAACAGGGUUAAGAAGGUUCUCCUAAGUAGGGUGUAG